UUGAGAUAAAUUGUGUCGUUAUAAUGAUUUUAUUUCAUGCGCCCUAUGACUCUGUAUGAAAGGUCCAUCACGAAAUAAUCGUGUAUAAUGAUAUCAGUAUAUCGGUUUCAUAUGAGUAUGGUUUGAGCAGGCACAGUCCGGUCAAGAUUCCGUAAACAAAUGCAAUAUUAAACUACUUACAUUCAAGUGAAAAUAUUUAAGAAAUUAUAAGUUUUCACCUUGUUUGCAAAAUAAUUAGACACAAAUUUAUAAACAUUCAUUAUGGUGAAUACAAACACAAGCUUUGCCAAUGUCUUUAAAACUUAAACAAACAUUAAGCCCUGGUGAGUAUUAUACACAAGACUAUUUCUAGCGUUAGUCGUGUUUUAGUAGAAUAAGACGUUUUCUAGAAUCGUGCUCUGUAGAAAAAUUGUUUCUGGCUUCAGUCUAUAUUAAGUUAUGAGUGGUUGUUAUAGCUACAGUCGUCGUCACUCUGGAACCGCAGACGAUUUAUUCCAUAUAUUUGCGGAGGAGACCGGAGAUAGCCGAUGCAUCACGAUUGCAGUCGUCGUAUGUAGGAUUAGACCGUGUCAAGCUUUAGUCGUUUUUUGUACGACAUUUAGGUAGUGUACGCUACGCUCAUGUUUCAACGCCACUUAUACGCACUCCAUAUCUAAAGUUCACUUCAUACAUCGAUGUAUAUUGACCGCCUUUUUGUUCACGUCGUUUGUGUAUUAAAAGCAAAAAGCAGCAAAACGCAUCAGUGGGGAAUUCUUGACAAAUGAUUCUCAGUCCUACGAAAAAUGUAUGAACAAAGAAAUUAAAUCCGCGCAGCGAUUGUGUGGAAGUAACAAAAUAUCGUUUACUCAACUAAAACAUCGCAGAAAAGGAAUCAGGCACGAAAAUGAUCGCGUUUGUGACAAAAGUUUUUCAGGAGAGAGCAUUCAGAAAAAAGAUUGUGUACACUGUCUGGAUAUGUUCGGCAUUUGUCAUGCUGGGUUGGGUUGAAGCCCUAUUCGGCCCCACAUUUUCGGACCUGCGGUUGAUCGUCGGCAAGAAUCUAGAGACGGCUUCGUGGCUGUUUACGGCGACAUCGUCGGGCUUUUUAGUCGGCUCCAUUCUUACCGGGAUGCUGUUCGACAAGUACAACCGUGUGGUAAUUAUGAUUUUGGCAAUUGUCGGUACAGCUAUAACGCAGCUGGCUAUUCCGUGGUGCUCGAUGUUUCCCUUAAUGAUUACUACAAAGUUCCUCUCCGGUGUUAUGUGUGCAGUUUUGGAUGCAGGUGGAAACGCCGAGGUUAUCGGCACGUGGGGCUCGGAGUCCGGUCCGUGCAUGCAGGCGCUCCACUUUUGCUUCAGCGUUGGUGGAAUUAUUGCCACUUUCGUGGCCACGCCUUUUCUAGCGGAAACGAUAACCAGUCCAACGCCAUAUCUCGCAGAAACCGUGAAUAGUUCAGCUCCAUUUGUCGUAAAAACGGUGACCUAUCCUGCUACGUUUCUCAUUGAAAAAGUUACCGAUUCAAGACCAUACUUCGCGGUAAGUGCAACCAUUCAAGCGCCGUUCCUUGACGCUGUAAACUCGUCAAUAAAUAAUGCAUGGUAUAUGUCAACGUCAAAUGAGCACAAUGCAACAGAGCCAACGUGGUCAGCUUACAACAGGACGAUCCAGGAUAUGUCCGUCGACAACAGUACCAAUACAUACGAAUCUCUGUAUGGCGAAUCGCGAAUAUUUAUAACCUACGCCAUUACCGCGGGAAUCAUAUUUUUAACUGCCGUAUCCUUUGUAACGUUGAUUUGUAUCAAUGGCACCAACAGAACAAAGGAAGUACAUGGUCAAAACGAAGCCGACGAGCCCACUAAUUUCCAUUCGCUAUCGACUGCAAAGAAGUUGCUCCUCUUGCUGUUGCUGUCUCUACUCAUGUUCGUAUAUGUCGGUAUGGAAGACACAUUCGCUGGGUAUCUGAUGACCUUUCUGUUGGAGCAACUGAAAUGGGGUAAACCAAAAGGAGCUCUAGCCACUUCCGUAUUCUGGAUGGCGUUCGGAAUCAGCCGUAUGGCAGGAAUCCCUUUGGUGCGCGCAUUUCAACUACGAACAAUGAUGUUGAUAUUUUCUACACUGACGAUCGUUGCUUUUGCUGGUCUUCUUUUCGCAACAGUUUACGACAUGAAUAAUUUAGUCUGGUUAUUUAUAGUGGGAGUCGGAAUGUCAACUUCAAUUAUAUUCGCCGCCAUUUUUUUUUGGACUAAUGAGCACGUGGUUUGUGUCUCUGGUAAAAUUUCUGGAAUGUUCUUGACUUCCGCUUCCGCUGGUAUAAUGGUCUUUCCGUUGAUAUUCGGAUACACGAUGGAGAACAUUUCGCCAAUCUGGUUCGUCUACAUUCUAAUUGGUCAAAGCAUCACGUGGGUGUGUCUAUUUUUAGUAACGAUUUCGGUAACGAAUUCUUUACUAACUUUACGUCCAAAUAGUACGCCGAUUGAAACUCACAUUGCACAUAGAAGUGAAACAACGAGACUCUGAACAUACGAUUCGAGCGAACAAUAAAUUAAAUGAAUCUUUUUAA